AUGGUAGGCUUCGAAAUCGGCGACGUACCCUUCAACCCCGAUGGCUGGGGUCCAAUGGAAUCCACCGACUCCUCCGUCCCCAUCCUCCCCAACCACUCCGUCAACGUCCCCUUUGCCCCGUUUUCUCGCUCAGACAAACUCGGCCGUAUCGCCGACUGGACUCGAUCCAAUUACAACAACCCUAACAGACAGAACAAUCGCAACAAUAAUCCGGCCGACUCCGCCUUCGACUUCACUGCUGACGAUUCGUUCGGCGGUGGCCUCAACGCCGACGAAGACUCUACUUUCCGCCUCGUUGAUGGCAAACCCCCACCACGCCCGAAAUUUGGUCCAAAGUGGCGUUUCCAGAACAACCGUAACCAGCUCCCGCAGCGCCGUGACGAGGAGGUGGAAGCACGUAAACGUGAAGCAGAAAAACAACGUGCUCGCCGUGACCGUUUGUACCAUGCGAAUCGGUCUGGAGGUAAUAACCCUAGACGUGAGGCGGCGGUGUUCAAAUCAUCAGUUGACAUCCAACCGGAAUGGAACAUGCUCGAUCAGAUCCCUUUCUCGACGUUCACCAAACUAUCCUAUAACGUCCCUGAACCCGAAGAUCUACUUGUCUGCGGUUCAGUAGAGUCGUAUGACAAAACCUACGACAGAACAACACCGAAGAACGAGCGCCGAUUGGAGCGAUUCAAGAACAGAAACUUCUUCAAAGUCACAACCACUGAUGACCCCAUCAUUCGUAGACUUGCGAAUGAGGAUAAAGCAACGGUGUUUGCUACUGAUUCCAUUCUCUCGACGCUAAUGUGUGCACCUAGGUCAGUUUAUUCAUGGGAUAUAGUAGUUCAGCGUGUUGGCAACAAGUUAUUCUUCGAUAAACGAGAUGGGUCACAGCUAGAUUUGCUAUCAGUUAACGAAACUUCUCAGGAACCUCUACCCGAGGCUAAAGAUGACAUCAAUUCUGCUCAUUCUUUAUCUGUUGAAGCUGCCUACAUCAACCAGAACUUCUCACAGCAAGUUUUGGUGAGAGAUGGGAAUAAGUUAACAUUCGAGGAGCCAAACCCAUUUGCAAGUGAAGGAGAAGAAGUUGCAUCUGUUGGGUAUAGGUAUAGACGAUGGAAGCUUGAUAAUGACACCAAUUUGGUUGUUCGUUGUGAGGUUCAGAGCUAUAUCGAUGUCAAUAACCAGAAAUCUUUCUUGACAUUGAAUGCUUUGAAUGAAUUCGAUCCCAAAUAUUCUGGUGUUGACUGGAGGAGGAAGUUAGAUACUCAAAGGGGUGCAGUUUUAGCUACUGAAUUGAAGAAUAACGCUAAUAAGAUAGCGAAAUGGACUGCUCAAGCCAUUCUUGCUAGUGCUGACAUGAUGAAAUUGGGGUAUGUGACUAGGGUUCAUCCUCGUGAUCAUUUCAAUCAUGUCAUAUUAGCAGUUGUUGGGUAUAAACCGAAGGAGUUUGCUGGGCAGAUUAAUUUGAACACUUCAAACAUGUGGGGUAUUGUGAAGUCUAUUGUUGAUUUGUGUAUGAAGUUGGGUGAAGGAAAGUUCAGCCUCCUGUUGAAAAUGGUGAUUCUGUUGUUGAAAAUGGAGUUGGAGAUGAAGUGGAAAGCAAGGAGGUUAAAGCUGAAGCUUAGAAAGUUGAAGCCUGAAGGUAACCCACCAAACAUACAAGUCAUCAUCUUUGAGCUGGGAACUCCAUUUUUAGGAAAUCGUGUUGAUUGA